AGCUUGCUUUCUUGGGCAGAAAGAAUCUACGCGAAACCUACAAAACGGAAUCCGGCGAGAAGAUAUAUCAUAUAUCUUGAGAGACAAAUGGAUCCGAAAACCACAGAGGUUUCCCAGCUCUUCGAGCGAUUCAAAGCGGCAAUUCUCCGCAAAGAUUUUGAUAUUUGUACCAAACUUCUGUUUCAGCUCAAGAUUGCAUUGACAGGAUUCAAGAGUCUGCCUCCAUUAUUUGAAAAAACUCCAAAUGCUGUCCAUGAAUUGACACUCGCAAGGGACAUUUAUGAGCAUGCAGUUAUCCUGAGCGUGAAGAUUGAGGAUCAGGAUGCUUUUGAGAGAGACUUUUGCCAACUGAAGCCUUAUUAUACUGAUGCCGCUAGUCGUCUCCCACCCUCUCCCCAGGAGUACCCAAUAUUAGGUCUAAACCUGCUAAGACUCCUUGUGCAAAACAGAAUAGCCGAAUUCCACACUGAGUUGGAGUUGCUUUCUGCUAGUGCUUUGGAGAACCCUUGUAUCAAGCAUGCUGUCGAGCUAGAACAAUCCUUCAUGGAAGGAGCAUAUAACAGGGUGCUGACUGCUAGACAGGCUGUACCUCAUGAAACAUAUGUCUAUUUCAUGGACUUGCUAGCAAAGACAGUCAGAGAUGAGAUAGCUGGGUGCAGUGAGAAGGCCUAUGAUUCUCUUUCAGUAAAUGAUGCACGUCAGAUGUUGCUGUAUUCGUCCGACAAGGAAGUAGUUGAAUAUAUCAAGGAGGAGCAUCCUGAGUGGGAGGUCAAGAAUGGGUUUGUGUUUUUCCAAAGAGCUAAGGAAUCUGUACCUUGCAAGGAGAUUCCGUCGCUGCAGCUGAUCAACCAGACCCUCAGUUAUGCGAGGGAGUUGGAGCGCAUUGUGUGAGGGGCCUAUACGAGAAAAUGCAACCCUUAUCCGUGCUUCCUUGCAUUUAAUCUUCUCCAUUUUGGUUGCAUCAACCGUACUCUAGAAAAUUAGAAAGAGAAAAAAAAAAAAAAAUCUAUGGUUGAUGACAGCAACCUCUUGUGUUGAGGGAUUUCAUUUGCCAACUGCCUGCAUCUCACUUGACUUUGCCUUCAGCUAAAUUUUCAUAUUUGAAACCAUGAUCUAUUUCCUUGUUUUGUUCAAUGGUACAAGCAAGUAUUGCGUUGGUUGCAUGUUAGCUAUAAAAUUUGUUUAAUAUAUGACAUUUUUUUUGUUUUCUCAA